AUGGCCAAGGAGUUGUCUAUGACCUCUCGUGUUGGAUCCGACAAUCAACGUUAUGGUCCUAAAGGCGAGAGACUGGUGGCCGGUGUCGUUCCUCUGUCCCCGGACAAAACCCGGGUGCUCCUAAUCCAGUCUACUCACCGCAACGGGUGGGUCCUUCCUAAAGGGGGGUGGGAAUUAGACGAGGCAACGGCAUCGGCGGCUGCUUGUCGAGAGGCUUGGGAGGAAGCUGGCAUCAUCUGCAAGGUGGAGAGGGAUCUGGGACACAUUCCUGAUACAAGACCGACGACCGCCGUGACCAAGAAUGCCCCCAAAGCCAGCUACCAAUUCUUCGAAGCCACCGUGACCGAGGAGAGGGCGGAUUGGCCCGAGAAACACAAACGAACUAGGCAGUGGUACGCUUAUGCCCAAGCAGUUCAGCUUUUGCAUUCACGCCCGGAGUUGUUGGAAGCACUGAGAAGGAGUUCGGUGAGAAAAUAA